UGAGCGUGAAGACUUUGCGAACGGUUGGUAGCGGAUCCAGACACUGCGAAAGAGACAGCUAGCGAGCGAGUGAAAGAGAGAGCAACAAGUUUGCCAGUGGAAAUUUUAGUAACGAAAUGCAGUGAAUACCAGUCAAGUGAAUGCACAGCAAACGGCAAACAGGCUGAAGAAAUAUAUAGACUCGAAGCAAUUUAAAGCUCAUUAUGAACACAAAGGCAGGGGCAGUGAAACAAACGAAAAACACUAAAACCAGCAUCAGCAGUCAAAAGCAACUCUGAGUGAAUCUGAAAUCUGAAUCUAGUUUAACAUUUUGAAAAGUCAAAAUUAAAACAAAAACAAAACAAGUGAAAGAGCCAGACAAAGACGGCGAGAGCGGGAGGUGUGCAGCGGUCCGCGAGGGAGAACGAGAUAGCCAAUAGCCGACGGAGACUUUCGCAGUUUCAACGUUGAUUUUUUGCAUGCGAACCCCCAAAACCGAUCCAGAUACAGUACCACCAACUAUCCAGGGUAUCUAGCUGGGCCUGAGAAGCGAGUAUCUGCCGAAUACCACACCAUUCCACACCAUUGUCUUUAAUAAGGCUUCGAAAUGGAGUAUGAGAAAAUGCUGUACAUGCCCAGUGGCAGUGAGAUGCCGCACAGUCCGCAACUGAAGCCACACCAGUUCCAGGCCCAGACGCCUCCGGAUCAGUACUCAGCCUAUGCGGAUAACUUUGACCUGUCGCUGCUGCCGCAGGAAUCCACACCCGCCCCCAUUCCCACCACUGUUUUCCAGUACAACGCCCCACAGAUCAAGGUCGAGUGCGCCUGGGAGAGCCAGACGCACCCGCAGCAGCAGCAGCAACAGCAGCAACAGUCUUAUCCCAGAUCCACCCACCAGUUAAUCCCACCGCCCGCCUAUCCGCACAGCGCUUAUCCCUCACCACAGUCGAGUCCGCUGCAGUCAGAGUUCGCCGCCUACGGAUUUGGAAGAUUAGGCGGGAGCUACGAUAGCCUGAGCAGCCCCUCACCCUCGCUGGAGGCGGCCAGCAUUAAGCAGGAGCUACACAUUUUGCCACCAUCGCCGCCGGAGUCCAAUUGCGAGACUCCCUCGCCGCGUUCCGCCUGCGGGGAGAGCAUCAAGGCCGAGCCCUUUGACGCGGACAUCGAGAGCCUGAUCGAUUUGAACACGCUGCUGCAGCAGCAGAGCCUCCAGAGCGGCCAGCCGAGUCUCCAGGAUACCAAGCCCGACCAUCAGCUGUUGCGCGAGUGCCUGGAGGACACCAGCUUCCAGAAACGUCACAACCUGAAGCCGCUGGCUCUGGAAUCUUUCAUUGGCGGCUUGGCCGAGGUGCGUGGGGAUUUUGAGCCAGUCAUAUCGCUGGCACUGGAGCAUGCCAAGCGGGAGGCGGACGCCAUCUGUGCGGAGCUGCAGAUAUCGCAGGAUCCUAAUGGCUGGUCGCCCGCCCAAGUACACGCAUGGCUUCGAUCCACCUUGGCCCAGUUCCGACUGCCGCCGGUGGCCGACUUGGAGCUGCAGUUCUGCGAAGAUGGCUCAGCAUUGACAUUACUCAGCGAGGAGGAAUUCGUGCGCCGAUUGCCCGAGAGCGGCAGCACACUGCACGCCCAGCUGGAGAUAUGGAAGAUGGCCUAUGCCGAUCAGCCUGGACACCAGCAGCAGUCCGAUCUCUGGCCAGCCAGCUAUGCGAUGCCCAAUUUGGAUCUGGACUACAACGAGGAUAGCGAAGAUGAUGAGGACAUGGAUGCGGAGGCGGUAGUGACACCUCUGACCAGCAGCUCCAGCUCUACACCCACAACCACGCCCACUUCUGGAGCUGCUCCGACAACAAAGCGUUCAAAUGGCGGACGUACCGGAGGAGGUGGUGGAUCCCAUAUCCACCUUUGGCAGUUCCUUAAGGAAUUGCUAGCCUCACCACAAGUCAAUGGCACGGCCAUAAGGUGGAUUGAUCGCAGCAAGGGCAUCUUCAAGAUCGAGGAUUCGGUGCGGGUGGCCAAGCUGUGGGGCAGGCGUAAGAAUCGUCCAGCGAUGAACUACGACAAGUUGUCCCGCUCCAUAAGGCAGUACUACAAGAAGGGCAUCAUGAAGAAGACGGAGAGGUCGCAGCGUCUGGUGUACCAGUUCUGUCACCCCUACAGCCAGUAGGUGUCGCCAAGACUCCUUAUUUAAUACUAGUUGUAAGUGGAGAACCCAGCACCUGUCACCUGACACCUGACACCUGACCCACCUGACCCACCUGACCCCUUUUCCGCUGACUAUGCCCGGCUAGCCUUGUGGGCCUAGCGGGUUCUAGUCGCCGCUCCUCUUGUACAUAUUCCCCGACUCCCACACGCAAUCUUGUUAGGCACGAAGGUAAGUUCGUGCAGCGAUUAAGUUUGGCUCUAGAGUAAGGCUCAAACCCGCGCCCGCUGGCGAAGGUAAGUUCGCCGGGGCAGGGUUUUAAGUGACCCCCCGAUUUCACCGCGACCGAUCGUAGAUCCGACCCUGAUCCCGCCCUGCAGCUGGUCAAGCGGCUGCAAAGCGCAUGUUUUGACUUACCGGCGACAUCUUUAUUCAACUGCUGCCUGUCCGUGCGCAGGAUGACUCUCCGGGAUGACCGUAUCCUGGCUGGAGCGGAGGAGCUUGCUCUGGUGCUUGGUGCCUGCCAUUAGUAGUCCGAGGCGAAAUUGGCAUUGAAAGGGCGCAGCAUCCAGAGAACUCCGUCGCCCUGGGGAGGAUCCUGUGCUGGCAGCAUGAAGGUGUCGAGGUAAUUUUAGGAACCAUAUAUCUAUGAUAUAUCAAAAGUAAGUUCUAUGAACAACUUAAUAAGCGAACAAUUGUUAAUAGUAGUGUUAAGGACCCUCGAUUAGACCUAGGUUUCCUUGAAAGUUUUUUCUCUUCCGCAAACAAGUUAAAAAUCUUUCGACCUCAUACGAUUUGCAUUAUGUCAAUCGAUGUCAAUUAUUUAUUCUUUACCAGGUGGUGGUUUGAUUUAGAAAUAGUUUUUUUCUCUUUGUUUUAUUAUUCGAUUAUUCGCAAUUAGCAUAAUGUUUUUCUCUCUCUAGUUUCAAGUAUGUGACGGGUAGGGAGUUUAAGUUAAUUUUAUUAUUUAUUCCGGGCCAGCAAAGUUGACCGAGCGCUAAUAUUAUGAAAAGUCAAUUAUUGUGCUUCUAUUUGCAUUAACUAAUUGAAUUAUGCAACAGCCAAUUGGCUGCUUGGCUUAUUUGUUAACCAAAUAGAAAUGUUACCGUUUACGAAAAUAUUUAUACGCAUAUUCCCAACACAUAUAAUUAGGACAUAGCCUGCCUGGCAGCUAGAUUUAUGCACUUUACACUUUUGCGAUACACCAAUUAUUUAUUUAUUUAUUCAACUAACAUAUUGUCAUGCUACACUAUCGGAUAAUAAUAAAAAUCACAGCAAAAAAAAA